AGCUAAUAAGUAAAAUCCUCUCAGCCAAUUUUUAUUGCUACACUUCUAAUUUAGCCAUCCUAGCAAACAGACACUUUAUCUCACACUGACUGAAAGCCGACUCCCUCCCUUUUCUCCUCCCUCACUGACACACUCUUAUAUCUGUGUUCCUUGUCCUGGCAAACACACACACUUUGCAAACACUCUCACCACUUUCUCCUGAUGACACCACUAAUGAUCUUUUAGCCUCUCAUUCAACCACACAGAUGUGUACAUUCACACGUACACAUACCGCAGUGUGUGCUUCUGGUCCUUGGUUUUCCAAUGAGGCGUUUUUUUGGGCCGGCGUUGGAGCGACUGGUGGGUCUGUCUAAAAACCUCAAACUGAGUAACUGCAGGAAACCAAAGAAGAAGCUCAAAACCAGGAAAGUCAAACCAUGGGUGAUCCUGACAGUUUACCUGAAUGAUACCCAGCAGAUGCUAACUGAGGUCCCAGUUACUCCGGCGACCAGAGUGGUUGACGUGGUUGAAUAUUGCAAAGAGGCCGGCGAAGGGGAGUGCCACCUGGCUGAAGUAUGGAAUGGACAUGAGCGUGCUCUCCCCCAGGAGCUGUUAUUGUUGGAUCUCCUUCAGCAGUGGGGAGCCAGGAGGCCGGAGGUCAGCUUCUACCUCAGACACUGCCCCCCCUGGCCUCCAGGAAGUCAGCAAGCACCAGAGCAAAGCUCAACCACAGAGGCAGCAGAGAGUGCCAAUGACAAGGUCCCCCGUGUGGAGCUGACCCUCUCUGAGCUCCAGGAAAUGGCCACAAGACAACAGCAACAAAUCGAGGCUCAGCAGCAGAUGUUGGUUGCCAAGGAGCAGAGACUGAGGUAUCUUCAGCAGGGAGGGAGAUCUAACCACGGGCAGACACAGUCUGAAGCUGAGAAGCUGCAGCGACUAAAGGAGCGAGUCGAGACUCAGGAAGCAAAGCUGAAGAAGAUCCGAGCCAUGAGAGGACAAGUCGACUACAGCAAACUGAUCAACGGAAACCUCUCUGCAGAGAUUGAUCAUGUGAGCAGCCUGUUUCAGGAGAAGCAGGCGGAGCUGCAGUCUGCAGUGGUCAGAGUUGACCAGCUUACCCAGCAACUGGAGGACUUGAGGAGAGGACGCCUUCAGCUGCAUGCUGGUGGACCAGCUCAAGGAACAACCACCGGGUCACAAAGUGGUACCACUGGACACAAAGGGUCACCCCUGUCUGGCCCUGCAGCCCUGGAGCUGAGGAAACUCUACCAGGAGCUGCAGGCUCGCAACCGUCAUAACCUGGAGCAAAGCAGCAAGUUGGCCCAAAACAAGGAGCUGCUGAACAAGAGGAACAUGCAGGUGACAGUAAUGGAUCAACGUAUCGGUGACCUUAGAGAACGGCUGCAUAGGAAGCGAGCAGAAUUGAGUCGUAUGAAUGGUGGAGGCCAGUCCUCCCCUCAGAAUGCUCCCCACCCAAGUGCUGGAGUUUCAGGCCGAGUGGCGGCUGUCUGCCCCUACAUACAGGUUCCAGCCGAGGGAAGACAGGAGGCUGGGUACCCCAUGCCUGCUGACCCUCCAACCAAGCCCACCCCACUCAGCCACAUUCGCUCCCUCUCAGAGGAGGACAGGAGUGGCAUCAGGAAGCCUCCCAACCAGUGGAAAGAGUCAGAUUUAGACAUCAUCCUGUCUGAGCCCACUGAGACGCGGGGGGGACCUCGGUCCCCUCAAGGGGACGACAGUAACAACACCAAUGAAGCGUCAUGGUCGAGCAUCGGUAAAAGUGUACCGGACUGGAGGACCAACAGUCCAGAACAGCAGCUUCCCUCUGGUUAUGGUACGUACCCCAGUGCCACCCACCAGGCAGCUGGGCAUCACUGUGCCACAAGCUCACUGCCCCGCUCUGCCCCAGGCACGCUGGGUUGGCCCCGAUCCCACACCAGCAAUGCUGCCUCCUCAUCUUCAUCAACAUCUUCCUCUUCACAGCAAGUACAGCAGCGGAUUUCUGUUCCUCCUAAUUCAACCCAAGGUUCUGCCACCUCUUCUCAGCCUUCUCCACUGUCUCCACAAAUGGACCGUACAGAUCCCCCUCCAGCAGUGGCUGUACGCCCAUACGUCCCAGACCAUCCCUCCAGGCCACAGUCCCCACGUAAGGGCCCUGCCACAAUGAACAGCAGCUCCAUUUACAGCAUGUACCUCCAGCAACCUCAGGCCAAAAACUAUGGAUCUCUCAGCAACAGGACUGCUGUCAAAGCAGUUUAUGGUAAGCCCAUCCUCCCCACCUCUUCCUCCUCUCCAUCUCCUGUUCCUUUCAUCCACGGAGGAGGAGGAGGAGUGAAAGCAGCAGGAGAGGAUGUUACAGAUAAAGAUGGAGGAAAGGGAGGAGGAGAAGGCAGUGAUGGGCAAAUCGUUCCUCCACCAAGUGUAGACAACAUUCCUCGUCCCCUUAGUCCCACUAAGCUCACCCCAGUGGCUCAUUCUCAGCUACGAUACCAGAGUGAUGCCGACCUGGAUGUUUUGCGCCGACGCCUCAGCAAUGCUCCACGACCCCUCAAGAAGCGGAGCUCCAUCACUGAACCUGAGGGCCCACAAGGGCCAAACAUCCAAAAACUGCUGUAUCAGAGGUUCAAUACAUUGGCAGGAGGGAUGGAGGGUGGCUCAGGCAACACUUUCUACCAGCCUGACUGCCUUUUGGGAGACAUGGACAACAUCCACUCAGCCAAUGGGAAUGUAGAACCAGGGGACAAACAUGUCAUGGUGGCAGUCAUGGAGGCUGAAAGUCAAAACCUGAACUCAGAUUCUCGCCGCUCGUCUCAUCCCUCAGUUACCAUAGAAACACCCAAAGAGACAACAGCAGUAGCAGAAAGUAGCAGUAAUGGGUCUUCAUCAAGCCAGCCCAGUCCGCCCCCUGCACCUGAGAAGCCAGAAGAUCAGAAUAAUAACAACCACCGAGGAUCGAGUCCUGGCAAAAACUCAGUGGGCCACGCCUCCCCUUCUCCAUCACCUCCUGCCCCAGCUUCACUGCCUAAGGUGAAGCGAACCAACCUAAAGAAACCGUCAUCAGAACGGACAGGCCACGGUCUGAGAGUCAAGUUUAACCCUCUGGCGCUGCUGCUUGAUGCUUCUUUAGAGGGAGAAUUUGAUCUGGUGCAGAGGAUCAUUUAUGAGGUGGAAAACCCCAGCAUGCCCAAUGAUGAAGGGAUAACGCCUCUUCACAAUGCUGUCUGUGCCGGUCAUCACCAUAUUGUGAAGUUCCUGCUGGACUUUGGAGUUAAUGUAAAUGCAGCCGACAGUGACGGAUGGACUCCUCUUCACUGUGCAGCUUCGUGUAACAGCGUCCACCUCUGUAAGAUGCUGGUGGAGUCUGGGGCUGCCAUUUUUGCCACAACAAUUAGUGAUGUUGAAACUGCGGCAGACAAAUGUGAGGAAAUGGAGGAGGGCUACACUCAGUGUUCUCAGUUCCUGUAUGGUGUACAGGAGAAGUUGGGUGUGAUGAACAAAGGUUUAGCCUACGCUCUAUGGGACUACACUGCCCAGCAGCCUGAUGAGCUCUCCUUCAAGGAGGGCGAUGCCCUGACCGUGCUGCGUCGCCGUGACGACAAUGAGACAGAGUGGUGGUGGGCACGGCAAAACGACCGUGAAGGAUACAUACCUAGAAACCUGCUAGGGCUGUAUCCAAGGAUCAAACCCAGACAGCGCUCUCUGGCAUAAAGCCUGGAUCAGGAGGGCCAGUCGCAGAGGGUGUAUGUACACAGAAACAAGAAGAAGAAGAGGAGGAGAGGGAAAAGAAGGAGCAGGAGGAGCAUGCGACAGAGACAGAAUGAAGGGUGGAGGUAGUCAUGUGGCAAAAAGAGUAGAAAAAGGAGAAAGAAGGAGCUGCUGUAUUCUGUUUGUCUGGAUGCAUCCGAGCCACUUUAUGGUAGAAACCGAAUAUAUUUCCACCUGCCUGGACUUUGUUUUCAGUGAUCACAACUUGACAACUUCAGCAGCAUGAGACAUGCUGAAAAAAAAUCAAAGUGUUACUAAAUUAACUUUUGGAUGUAGCUUCAAGUUCCACCCAGCUUUAGAUCAUCAAAACACCAGCUUGGACAUUUAAUAGCUUUUGACAUUCUCCAAAGAUUUUUAACCAUAAUAAUGUCACUUUAUUUUUGUAUGGUUUUAAUUUUAAAAAAUAUUUAGAAAAAAAAAAAAAAAAAAAAGCCCAAAUUUACAGGUAAGAUCAGAUGAAAGUAUGUGUGAGAAGUGAGAUGUGUAAGUGAAGAUGGAGAGAGGAAAGUAGGGAGUGUCUGGAUGCGUCAGAUCUGUUGAUGGAGCAGCUGGCGUGUUUACAGAGUUUGGGAGGAGAAAUGUUAGAAGUGCAGCCGCAAGCGGUGACACAUGGUAGCUGAGGGCUGCAUCAGCCCACGCAAGGCUGGAUGUUGUAUCAGAGGAAUAUUUUGGUUCUUCUUUCAUGAGCUGAUACAAAACACAUCUGUGAACCAUUACAGAUGUCUCCAGCUCUCAGUAUUCCAUGUUUAUGUCGAUUCAACCAGAGUUUUUGCUGCCAAGUCAACGUCACUUCUGCUGCAGGUAACACAGGAGGAAGAAGCAGAAAAGGAAGGAAGAAAGUAUGUGGAGAAGAUGGAUUUAGAAGUGAGAGGUAGACACAGUUUAGACUAGAGACUGGUCCUCAUCUCGGUGCAACACUGCUUAGACACUUAAAUUAAUAAGAAGAUACAACAACCAAAAAGUCAGUGUUAAAGUUUUAAUCUGCUGUAAAAUAAGUCAAAUGAUAAAUUCUGGCUGCUCAGUGUUUAAAAUAUUUUUUAGAAGCAAACUCAGUCACAUUUUAGCCCCCUAUUGACAAACCUAAAAUAGAGAAUAUGUCAGUGUUAUUAUGGGGAUAGUCAGACCAGACUGAAUGAAAGAAUCUGAAGAGUAAAAAAAACUUUUCAGUGUCAGUUUCUCACUCUUUUAUUCCUCUAAUUUUGUUGUUUUAUUUAAAACAAAGAGUUGUUUUUUAAUUAUUAUUAUUGCUGUUAUUAUUUGUAGAAUAUGUUUCUUGUUUCUUUCUGUGCUGUCGCCACUCACUGCUGCCACCUAGUGUUCAGGAAAGGUUUGAUGCAAGAAAAAUAUUUCCUUGAACCCAUGCUGUGUAAAAAUGAGAAGCAAUAAGCAUAGAGGUGUUUGAUGUGAGAGAGGGACAUUGUUCUGAGGAGUACAUACCAUUACUUUGUGUAUAUGCAACCUGUAAGUAUACAGCUAAUGUAAAAAAUAAUAAAAGUAUAAUCCUUA